CAUUUGAAAGCCUGCCGUCCUGCGCGCCGAUCGCCCUAGUGAGCCGCACUGGAGACGAAUAAGAAGCCCCGCUGCAGAGCCCGAGCGCCGGCCUUCACUCCUCUUGUCCGUUCUGAGGUGUCGCUAAAGGAUUAAUGAGCCAAAAAGGCGCAUAAUUUCUCCUUUAAGGCACAUUUCGGCUUUUUUUCGGCGUUACGCCUGGACUGCCUUACACCUUCCCUUUCAUAUUCACUUCAUUCGAGGAUACCUGUACCUCUACUGAUGGAACAGGGUCACUUCAAAGUUCUCCUGCAGCCACCCAACGCCACCUGACAUUUCCUAGAAGAACGGGUCCAUUGCCUGCUCCCAACAAACAUGGACUGUUUCCCCAUGCUUUAUUUUCUGUCGAGACAUCAUGAUUCCUGGUAAUCGAAUGCUGAUGGUCAUUUUAAUAUGCCAAGUCCUGCUGGGAGAGAGCAACCAUGCUAGUCUGAUACCUGAAGAAGGAAAAAAGAAAGUACCUGGCCUGCAGGGUCGUUCGGCCGCUCAAAGCCAUGAACUGUUGCGGGACUUUGAGGCCACACUGCUGCAUAUGUUCGGCCUCAAAAGGCGGCCGCGGCCCAGUCGUUCAGCCACUGUGCCCCGCUACCUGCUGGACCUUUAUCGGCUACAGUCGGGUGAGGCUGAGGAGGCCGGAGCGCACGACAUUGCUUUUGAGUACCCAGAAAGGUCAGCCAGUCGGGCCAACACUGUGAGGGGCUUCCACCAUGAAGAGCACAUGGAGCAGCUACAUGAGCUGGAUGACAGAGGACCCAUGCCCAUUCGUUUUAUGUUUAACCUCAGCAGCAUCCCAGAGGACGAGCUUCUGUCUUCCGCAGAACUGAGGCUCUACCGUCAUCAGAUUGAUGAGGCCAUUGCUGAUGCCAUCUCAGACGACCAGGCACUUCACCGAAUAAACGUGUACGAGGUGCUCAAAGCCCCCCGACCCGGGCAGCUUAUCACACAGCUACUGGAUACGCGGCUCGUGCGCCACAACGCGUCGCGCUGGGAGAGCUUUGACGUCAGCCCCGCCGUGCUGCGCUGGGCUCGUGAACGACUUCCCAAUUACGGGCUGGCUGUGGAGGUUCUGCACCUCAACCAGACUCCACGCCACCAGGGCCGACACGUUCGCAUUAGCCGCUCGCUGCACCAAGAGCCCGGUGAAGACUGGGAGCAGCUACGCCCCCUCCUGGUAACCUUUGGUCACGACGGAAAGGGUCAUCCGCUGACUCGCCGGACCAAGCGCAGCCCGAGACAGCGGGGCCGUAAACGCAACCGCAACUGCCGGCGCCAUGCGCUGUACGUGGACUUCAGCGAUGUAGGCUGGAAUGACUGGAUAGUGGCGCCUCCUGGUUACCAGGCCUAUUACUGCCACGGGGAAUGCCCCUUUCCUCUGGCAGAUCAUCUGAAUUCAACCAACCACGCCAUUGUUCAGACACUGGUGAACUCUGUGAACAACAAUAUUCCCAAGGCCUGCUGUGUGCCAACAGAGCUCAGCGCGAUCUCCAUGCUCUACCUAGAUGAACAUGACAAGGUGGUCCUUAAAAACUACCAGGAAAUGGUAGUGGAGGGCUGCGGCUGCCGCUAACGCACAGACGUACUAAAGUGCGGGCUUGGACUGCGGCACUGAAAAAAGCAACACGGGCGCUAACAAAUCGGAAGGUCUUUACUCCCAAAAAUGUUCACUUGGACCCUUAUUUAUAACUUUUAUGAGAUGUAUGUUUGUCUCACUUUUUUUCUUUGACUAUAUCAUAUAUUUUGACAAAAUAUAUAUUUAUAUCUACAUAUUAAAAAUAAAUAAAUAAAAAUAAAUCCUUAUUUUAAACAUAAAAAAGCUGUACAACUUUUCAUAAUGUACAUUAGAUUGUAUAAGGUUUUUUUUGUUUGUUUGUUUUGUUUUGUUGAAAAAUAGUAAAAACUCUAAAAAGUAAA